UGAUUAAUGAAUGAAUUUUUGGAGGCAUGAACACUCCCACCCACUGUCUUUUUGCCUCCAUCCUGCGGACAGACUUAUAAUUAAAAAAAAGCAUGAAUGGAGCUGUAGUAAAAAUCAUUAAUAAAGAGUCACAGCCAUGCAGGCGGCGGGGGAACAAUGGGGGGCCUUCACGCGCGGGCUGUCCAGCUCUCCUGAGAGUGCUGCCUGUACUUGGUGGGGAUCGGUUUUGAUGAAAAAUGAGCCAUUGUCUCACAUGCCGUGCUGCUGUUGUCGUGUGUGAACGCAACACAACAAUGCCUCUGGAUGCUCGCCCAGCAUGCUCAUCCAUACAAUAUAGGAAAGACCGCCGCUCAACCCACGUGGACAGAUAGUCCAACUGAAUCUCAAAACUUCCAGAACCCGAACCAAGUCCUUAGCGUUACAGCCGACACCAACUUUCUUUCUUUAAGCAGCGGACGAGAGACGAAUCCACCAAAUGGUCGCCUGUUCAACCGACUCUAGUUGAAAAGCUAGAGAGGGCAACAUGAGUUGGAGCUUCCUCACUCGUCUGCUUGAGGAGAUCCACAACCACUCCACCUUUGUCGGCAAAGUGUGGCUGACUGUGCUUAUCAUAUUUCGAAUCGUGCUCACAGCCGUCGGAGGGGAGUCCAUCUACUCAGACGAGCAGACCAAGUUCACUUGCAACACCAAGCAGCCGGGCUGUGACAAUGUGUGCUAUGAUGCCUUUGCGCCCCUCUCGCACGUACGCUUCUGGGUCUUCCAGAUCAUCAUGAUCUCCACACCCUCCAUCAUGUACAUGGGCUACGCAAUCCACAAGAUUGCUCGCUCGUCUGAGCAGGACCGGCAGAGGGGGCACAGGAUCCGCAAAAAGAUGCCGGCUCACUCGAGAUGGAGGGGAAGCCGCCAUCUGGAGGACGUCUUGGAGGGCGAGGAUGACGACGCCGAGCCGAUGAUUUACGAAGACACGCUCGAGGGUCCGGAGAGCAAACCUGAGCUGGUGAGCAGCAAUUGCAAAGACCAGCGAAAGCAUGAUGGUCGCCGAAGAAUCCUUCAAGAAGGGCUGAUGCGGAUCUAUGUUCUUCAGCUCUUGUCACGAGCCAUCUUUGAGAUUGCUUUCCUUGCGGGACAGUACCUCCUGUACGGCUUUCAAGUUAGUCCUUCCUUUGUGUGCAACCGGGUCCCCUGUCCACACCGAGUGGACUGCUUCAUCUCCAGGCCCACUGAAAAAACAAUCUUCCUUCUCAUCAUGUAUGUGGUAAGCUGCCUCUGCCUCAUCUUAAACGUGUGUGAGAUGCUUCACUUGGGAAUAGGCACUUUUCAAGACACCCUGCGCCUCAAGAGGAAUCGGGGUCGGCGGAGCUUCGGCUGCCCAUUCUCCCGCAACAUCCCAGCCUCCCCUCCCGGAUACAACCUUGUGAUGAAGACAGACAAGCCCAGCAGGAUGCCGAACAGCCUCAUCACAACCCAUGAGCAGAACAUGGCCAAUGUGGCCCAGGAGCAGCAGUGCACAAGCCCAGACGAAAACAUCCCCUCCGACCUGGCGAGCCUUCACCGCCACUUGCGUGUGGCCCAGGAGCAACUGGACAUGGCCUUUCAAACGUAUCAAACAAAAAACCACCAGCAGACCUCCAGGACCAGCAGUCCUGUGUCCGGGGCAACUAUGGCGGAGCAAAACCGUGUCAACACAGUCCAGGAGAAACAAGGGGCUAGGCCCAAGUCGGCCACAGAGAAGGCUGCCACCAUUGUAAAAAACGGAAAAACUUCGGUCUGGAUCUAGACAUAGUUUGUGUUUUAACAGUGAUAUCUUAACCCUUUCAGGGACAGUGGUUACCACAGUGGACAGCUUAUCAUGUUAUGUUACAGGGUGCAUGAAAGGGUUAAAGAAUCUGCACAUGAAGACCUGCGUUACUUUGGACAACAAUCAGACCAUUUAAAGCAUGGGUGUCAAACUCAUUUUUGUCACGGGCCACAUUGUAGUUCCGGUUUUCCUUGGAGGGCCAUUAAGGAAUUUUGGGAAACCAUAUAAAUGUUUAAUCAAAAAAAUGGUGGAUUAAUAGUUUUAAAAUCAGAAGUCAAGAAUAAUGACUGUUAUUGUGGAUUACAUAUGACAAUUUGAAAUUUUGGUUCAGACUUUAGCAAGCAUCAUGGAACUUGACACGCUUGAUUUGCUUUUGCGGGCCACAUAAAAUGAUGUGGCAGGCCAGAUCUGGCCCCCGAGCCUUGACUUUGACACCUGUGAUUUAAAGGAUUGCAGAACAGCGUGGACACACAUGCACACAUGCGCACACAUGCGCACACGCGCGCGCGCACACACACACACACCCACACCAAGAAACUGUUGAAAAUUGUUUUUGUUACCUUCCAGUGUCAUUUUGUGCUUCAAAUACGCCCAGUUAGUUGCGCCUCUAACUCGACUAAUUCAUCAAAACAGAAACCAAGAGUGUUCCAAGUUAUUUAUUGACUGUGAUCAAACUGGAUUGAUAAGCUGAUUUCUUGCGAAGGAUGACUGCUGAUUGUUGGCUAUAUUAAUAAGAAUGGUUUUUGUUUCGAUAGUAUGGACAGUAUGAAUGGGUGUUGCUUGAAGCAGAUUAAAUGUGAAAUGUUUUGAUAUGGAAUCAUCACAUUCCUUGAAUGCUCUCCCGCUCACAGAUCUGUUCAUCGCAUGUUUAAUGAAAAAAAAAAUCAAAUCAAAUCAACAUCACAUUUUAUAUCAUACUUAUUUUUUGUUAUUUAGAGAUGAUGCAUGCUUGAUAUAGGUUACAAUAGAAACCCCACCUUUAGCGCUAAAACUACAGGUAUGUGUUUAGGUAUGUUGAGUCCUGAAAAUGAGUGUUUUUAAAAUGGAUUUUAAUGUUUAAUCCUGCCUUCACUUUUAUCAUUCAUCAAAGUGCCUCAGAUUUUCAAGACUGUUCUUGUAUUUUAUUCUGGAAAAGAAAAUAAAGGUAUUGGCCAACU